AUGGAAGCGACUGGCAGCCGCGAUCGCAGCGUCGAAUCUGACUCCAACAUUCAAGUGAGCCGCAAGCGCAGCCUGAGCGAAUCGAGCACCAGAGUCGACAGAGAACGCAGCGAGACUCCAUCCCUCUUCGUUGAGGAGAUUCAGGCCGCUCCACAUUCUAGACAGGAUAGCGCGCACGCUGAGCAGACUGCCGAAGGUCCGCAGUUCAGCGAGGAGCCGCACUCCGAUGAGGAGCCACAAACCAGCGAGGAGGUACAAUCUACGGAGGAGCCGCAUUCCAGCGAGCGAAACACCGACAAGCACGCUCCCAAGCGUAUUGCUACAACUUCCAACGCCGUUGCGGCCCCGUAUAGCCUGGACAACGUGGUUCUGGACGAAGAGGGCCGCGUACCAGGCUACAAUAUUAAUGCAGAGCCUCUGCCUCUUCUCGCGAUCUUCCAUCCGUCCUUCAAGCUGGCAGAGAAAGAUGCUACCACGGCAUGCGACCUCGUGAUCAACGUCUUUGAGGAGCUCGUGGCUGGUGGCUACAGGAAUGACGAAGUGGCAGUCGUGUGUGGAGACCGUGGACUUGCAGCCUGCAGGAACCCCUCGGAAUUCUACCCUGAGAUUGGUCCUGUCGCUGUGCUGGGCCCGGCUGGAAGCGGCAAAUCAUCCGCAAUUAACUCAAUGCUGAGUCAAAAGAAGGCUGCUUUCGAGCACGACGGCGAUGAUCGCGGGACAUACGUCCCGGCCGAGUACUGUGCUCCUCAACAAGACCAGACUACUCCGUACCGCCUUGUCGCUAUCUACUAUUCUGUGGACGAGAUCGAGAGGAGCAUCGUCGCAUCGUUUGGCGACAUCCGUGCUAUGCUGGUGGAACCCGAUGAAGACAGCUUAGACGACAGCGAAGAUGAGGUGCUCAAGCAGAAGUUCGACACCGCAGUUGGUUUCUUCACCGACCUACUUUGUUCCAACAAGCAGUUCCGCACUCCAGCGGAGACGCACGCCUAUUUCGAGGACCGCUUGGAGAAUGGCGACACCGAGGAUGAGGUCUGCGGCGAUCUCAUUGAUCUCGUGCAUCAAUUUUUGGAAUUGAGAGACGCUUGUGACGAUGAAAAGGAGGUCUACGACAUUCAGGACGAGAAUGAGCUGCACAGGAUCCUCAAGCAGGUGUCGAGGCCGACUAGGGUGCAAGGCCAGCAGAGGCCUUCGCCAUGGCCACUUCUUCAGAAGGUCGUGGUUCAUCAAGCUGUACCAAUCCUGACCGCCGGGGUGGUGAUCGCCGAUACUCCCGGUUUCAACGACCAGAACCUCAUCGUCGCCGGAAACACAACGCGGUAUCUUAAACAGGCCGGCACCAUUCUCAUCUUCCUGUCCUACAAGCGAAUUCAGCAGAACUCUCCGCUGGACCACCUCAUUCGUGUGUGCAUUUCGCUCGGCAAGAUGUACAACAUCCGCCUGGUCAUCACAAUGAUUGACGAUAUGAAGCCGCACACGGAAGACGAGAAGGAUGAUCUUGAAGUCGACGAGAAGGCUCGGCUGGAUAAGGCUGAAGCGGCUCUUCGUCUGCUCGUUAUUGAGAUCAAGGAGAACGAGGUUGCGAAGCGCGCGGCGAGGGGCCGAGACAAUAACAAAUUUGCGCAGCUGGACGAUGAGCUCGCGAAACUUGCCAUCCGGAAGAAGCAGGCGGAAGUAUCGCAGCGGCAAACCAGCACUGACAUCCGCUGCCGGGCCCUCCACCGGAGCUUGGUCUCGAGGAUCAAGAACAUUGAGAAGUCGAAGAACGCCCCAGAGCUUCGUAUCAGCUUCCUUUCCAACACGCAGUAUCAACGCCACGUCGCUGGAUACGAGCCGCUCGAUGCGCCUUGUCUGAGUCUGCUAGGCACCGGCGUGCCCUCGUUGCGGAGGGAGCUGUUUAGUGUGCCGACUUUCGGGAAGCUCCAAAAUCUGAAGGGGCUCGCUACAACUCGGCUUCCCAACGUGCUUAUGGGAGUUGAAGGCAUUCUGUUCAAGUCUCACCUUGAGCGCAAAGCCGAUGUCGGUCGAACGAUCAAGCUAGCUCUCAAGAAAUAUCAUCGGCCGGCCGAGAAGCUCGUCGACGACGUUUUGACGGCUUUCGACACGUAUAUUUCGAAUGUGGUGAAGGACUCUCUUCCGGGCUGGAUGUACGAUGCGCAGAAGUUGCUCUGCAAGUGGGGCGACGAAGUCCCCGCGGGGACCUUCAAGGCUGUGUGCCAACGCGGAGGUACCUGGAUAGCCCACAAGAAGCUCGGCGACAUCAAGUGGAACGCCGCUUUGUUGGACCUCUCCGCCAACCAGCUUUCCCAGGGCUUCAACAAGCUCACCGAUGAAGUCGAAGUGCUGCGGAAAGACUUUGCCACCAACGUCAAGAACUCGUUCGAUCAACUCCGUGUCGCCGUGGAAAUUUCGAAGGACGCGCAGGGCAAGGAUAUGGCUCUGUUCUACAAGUUCGUGAAUGGCACUGCUCGUGCGGUGGUGGAGGAGAUGAAUGGCCGGUUCGAUGACUUGAACGACUCAAUUUCCCACGUCCGCCACCUUAUGACUCUUGAUUCGGACGACAGCUACCUGGCAUCUGCCAUGAAGUCUACGUGGGAAGAAGCUUCACUCGUGAGCAAGGCCAACUCCACCCCAGUGAGCGGCGUGAAGAACCCAUCUGGAGCGAGACGCAAGCGUCCCCGCAAGCAGGUCCUUAUCCACGGCGCUCGCGAGCAUGUCAUUGCCUCCAAGCUCCGCGGUGACGCUCCCAACAUUUCUGCCUUCCAGAGUGUUCAGAACUUUGCCCACGAGGAUUUCAAAGGUAUCCUCAAGAGCUGGGCGGAGGCAUGCGAGAUUACCGUCAAAGAGGCAUCGGACAACAUUCUGGCCUUCUUCGACACGCACUUCAGGGACACCGAGGACAUGAAGACGGAGGAUCCCGUGGCGAUUGCAAAGCUGAAAAAAGCUGUGGAUGCGGCGAAGCAAAUUGUGGAGGUGUCCAUGAUUCAGCAUCUUGCGGAGUGCGAGGCGUACGAGCAGAGUGGAUGA